AUGACAGAGACAGAGUUAUACAGUGUGUACAAAGGGGUCAACCUCCCUACACGUACACACACACCGGAGAGCCUUCGGUACUAUGAAGAGUUUUUUUCCCACUCAGAUGACAUUGUCAUUGUGACCUAUCCCAAGUCUGGUACAACAUGGAUGCAGGUGAUAGUCCCACUGAUCCAAAGUGGAGGGGAUCUCACCACCAUUCAGACAUUGCCCACCUGGGACCGAGCUCCCCGGCUGGAGGUGUACAAGACCCCUUUCCUCAACCUGGAAGACAGGCCAUCUCCGCGUCUAUUCGUUACACACUACCACUACAGCAUGAUGCCUCCGUCUUUCUUAAAAGUCAAGCCAAAGGUCGUCUAUGUCAUGAGGAACCCCAAAGAUAUGUUUACAUCUUCAUUUCACUUCUAUGGGAUGACUUCCUACCUGGUCAAGUCAGGCACACAGACUCAAUCCUUAAUGGAAAAAGUUGCUGGAAGAGUGAUAUAUGGCUCGUGGUUUGAUCACGUCAAGGGCUGGCUGAAUGUUAAAAACAAAGAGAACAGUAUGUACAUUUCCUAUGAGGAAAUGAUUAUGGACCUAAAAGAUGCUGUAGCAAGGAUUGCCCAAUUCAUGGAGAAACCAUUGAAUUCUGAGGUGAUACAGAAAAUAGCAGACCAAUGUAUUUUCAUGAAUAUGAAAAAGAACAAGACGUCCAACUAUUCAUUGGUGUCGAGGGAGUUUAUGGACCAGACAAAGUCAGAGUUUCUCAGAAAAGGGAUUGCUGGGGACUGGAAAAACCUACUAACUGUGGCAGAGGCAGAAUACUUUGAUAACUUUUACAAAGAAGAAAUUAAAAAUGUGCAAUACAAAUUUGCAUGGGAUUAA